CCUUUUUAGGGGUUCCUAUCUCAAAUCCAAUCUCUCGUCAGUUACCUGUUGACAGUCUGUAAGCAACGUUAGUUUUCUCUCAGCGAAAGUUUGCAGUUAUUUUGCUUGAUUUCUAAUGGAAAUUAUACCGGACGUUGACGUUUUUGUUGGCAAUAAUAUUCACGUAGAUUUUGAAAUAUAUCAUUACUGGCUGAGAAAUAUCGGAGCUGAUGAGGUAACAGAUCUUCUUGUAUCUUCUGGAGCGUCUAACAUCAGUCAUAUUGAGAUAAACAAUGACGAUUUUGAGAAAUCCUUGUUAUACAGCCAUGUACUUGACCAAUACCGAUUGUUUAGUAUGGUAGAACCCAUGGUACAAGUUCCUACAGUUCUAUGUACGCAACUGACUUACCAAAUCUCACAUAAGAUUCAAGAAUCUCUGGUUUCGAAUUACUAUGAGCUUGAUGACCAAGUAGUCAGGGAAAUCUUGGGCAAAAAACUGAGCAAAGGAACACGAAGGGACUUGGACGAAGUUGCCGCAAAAACUCACAAAAGACUUCGUUUCUGCCACCGCCAGUUUGACAAUUGCAAGAGAAUUUUCAAAACUCUGGAAGACUGGCCUGGCAGUCUACUUGAUAAUAUACAAACUAAGUUUCUUCUCCCGCAAGAGUUAGCAUGGAAAUACACCGUGGUUGUUUUCCUGUCCAGUUUACGGUUUGAAUGUUGUAAACGAAAGUUAGCUUAUCUUACUACAAGUGAUUUUAUAGAAUGUGGGAAACUUAUGAUACAGAACUGGACUGCAGCAGCUACAGGUUCAGAAAACCCUGAAACAGAAUUAGAUCGAGAUUUUUUGAACGAGCUUCGUUCUGUACGUGUUCUAUCUGCCGACCAGAAGAUCUGUGAGAAACAUAGACAUCUUAUAUCGCAAGAAAUGGAGAAAACAUACCCUACAUUAUCCCAAGCAUCCCGUACUCCGGAUCAAUCUUCACAGAGUCGUCUAUCCCGUGUCCGCUCCCGAGACUCCUCCAAAGACCUCAUCCCUGAAGCUUUGUUUCUCAAAGUUACUCGUGGAUUGGUUACCAUAGCGUCGAACUUGUACAGGACUAAAGAAGCGCAAGAUUUCUUCAUUGAUGUUGUGGAAAAGGUAAUUGAGCCUCUACAGUCUUGUAGUUGGAGCAAGUCAAAAGUUGAACAUUUUCUUGAUUUAUACAGCAGCACUGCUUUGCAGUUUACACAAAUGCAACAACUUUCGGAAGUUUGGAAAAAGUUUUCUACUACUGCAAUACAGUCUAUUGUAAAAAUGUAUUAUCCAAGCAAAAGUGUAGAUAAUAGUUAACACUGUGUGUGUGUUGGAAAAAAUAUGGAAUAGUCUUUAAAACUAAUUAGAAUGAGCAUUUUUUUACAGGUUAUAAAAAUAAGCAGCAUUUCUCCCUAAACCAAAAAAUUAUGUCAAAAUUAUUUAGACUUCGUUCUUUCACUGUUUUUUUUGAAGUAACUUUUAUUAAAACUAGAAGUCAACUUUGUGCUUUGCUGUUUCAUUUUGUACUGUGUAUGCCGAUACUGGUUCAUAGGUUUUAAUAUUUUGUCUUUUUUUGGUGCUGGUAUUUAUUUACAUGAAUAAAUGGAACCCAUGUUAUUAAAACUCCAUCGAGACACUAUUGGUGACAUAAGAUGUAAAACUAAGUAAAGUAACAUUAUGUGCAAUGUUUUGUCUCUUUCUUCAUCUUUAAUUUUUUAUAACAUACUCAAAAAA